UCUCUUCAUCAUAGGGAAAUGAAAUUUCGUGGAUAAAUUGGAAAAUGUGUAGGAUGUUUUGUUUCUUUGCCUGCGAACAUUUACGGAAAUCUCAAGUAGGGUUUUCUUUCUUUGAAGAACUUCAUUGGUUGAAAUGGAUUCAACUUCUUUAGUUCAGGGUCAUGCACGUGUGACUGUAACGCCAAAACACCCCGAUGCCUGCUGGUUGUAGUUGCACAGAGCUAGAUACCCCUUUCUGAAGGAGGAAUCACGUUUCUUGGAUUUAGCUAUACCAGCUGUAAGCCUACUAUUAUUUGCUAUUUUACUCACAUCUGGCUCUUUUUGCGACUGUACGGCAGGUUGAGAAGUUCGUUCGGGAAGCACGAGCUAGUCUCCUGCUAGCAGCAUAAAAGUUUGUUAGCUCAUGUUAGCAGUUAGCUAACUUGCUAGCUAGCGCCUUGUUUGCGUGCUAACUAGGUAACGUUAGUUAAAUAAAUGUGCUCGCAACGGUUGCAUGAUUUUGCAGAACAAACCACUGGCUUUGUCCAGUGCUACGUUGCCAGGUGAUCAAUUCACUAGCUAACGUUACCUAGCCUAUGUUAGUUAUUCAGUUCCGGAUGCAACUGGAAUAACCAGCAAUGCAACUGAUCAGCUGGCUGGACUAGCUAAAUAACUAAGGACACUUUGCUAAAAUGCUGUGGUGGUGAACAAAGCAAUGGAAGCUUGUUUCAAGUCGUUCGCGAUGGGUGGUCUUCGGAGAUCUCUGGAAAUUAAAUUCAGGGUCCUCACCUGCUGUUUGACCUGCAGAACAGUGAGUUGUUCCAGAUCACCUUUAAAGUGCCAACUCUCCAAGCAUCUGCCGGUGACGAGAGGGAAAGCAACACUGUUGCAAUCAAGUCCGUCUGCAUAUUUCAUUCGCCAUAGAGUAACUGAGGCGUCCCUCUCCAGUGUGGCUCCUGCUUUUGUUGUGAUGAAAUUUGACAAAGAUGGGAAUGUAACCUCGUUUGAGAAGAAAAAGAUGGAGCUGUAUCAAGAGCUGAGUCUGCAGGCCAGAGACCUCAGGUUCCAACACCUCACCAGCAUCAACGCUAGGAACAACAACAUCAUCAUUCGCAUGGAGGCCUUGAAGGCAGUAGUGACCCCCAAUAGCCUGUUGGUGUUGGAUUUCCGAGGUCUGGGAUUGGAGAGAUGGCUGGUCCUGGAGUUGGCUCCACAGUUGAACGGGGAUCAUGGAGCUAUGGCCACUCAUUCACUGCCAUUUGAGUUCAGAGCCCUUGAAGCUAUUCUGCAGCAUAGGGUAAACACCCUUCAGGCUCGGCUGAAUGAGGUUCACCCUGUCAUCCUGGACAUUCUAGAGUCUCUUGUGGAUCCUAAACUACUCUCUGCAGAUCGCAGCAAACUGCAUAUACUUCUUCAGAACCGCAAGAACCUGUCAGAGCUGGAGACAGACAUCAAGGUCUUCAAGGACAGUCUGUUGAAGAUCCUAGACGAAGAGGAGAUGAUCGAAGAGCUUUGUGUCACCAAGUGGACGGAUCCACGUGUGUUUGAGGAGAGCAGUCUGGGCAUUGAUCAUGCUGAGGAGAUGGAGCUUCUCCUGGAGAACUACUUCAUGCAGGCUGAGGAGCUGGGCAACACGACCAGGGAGCUCAAGGGCCUGAUAGACGACUCCGAGAGUGUUAUCUUCAUCAACCUGGACAGUCACCGGAACGUGAUGAUGCGUCUGAACCUGCAGCUUACCAUGGGGACCUUCUCACUCUCCCUAUUUGGCCUGAUGGGCGUCGCCUUCGGGAUGAACUUGGAAUCCACGUUUGAGGAGGACCCCAAGGUGUUCUGGCUGGUGACAGGCUUCAUGUUCCUGGGUAGUGGACUAAUCUGGAGGAGACUGCUCUCGUUCCUUGGUCGACACUUGGAGCCUACCGUCCCACCACAGAUCCCAACAGUUUGGAAGAGAAACCAAAUAAACUCAAAAGGAGCAGAGGUGAAGAGUGGACUAAGAUGAUAGUUCCUUGUUGCACCACCGCUCUGCUGAGGAAUCUGAACUGUUUGACUGUUCCCUCUCAUUAAGAAGUAAUUGCAGAGGAGUGCUUUUUCCCCCCCUUCAUAAUCUCAAUAUCAAUUUUUGCCAUUGUUUUAAAACUGUUGUAAGCAGUGUUCAUGUAUUUAUUAUCAUGGAUAUAUUAUUAGCUAGCACACAGUAUACCUCCAGCUGUAUUCAAGAAUACUGCACCAAUUUUUACUGUCCAAAAACAUGGUCCCACUCCCCCACAAUACUACUGUUCACCAAAACCACUGUUCACAAAAGGUUUUCCCUGACUAUACAGCUAAUAAAUAAAGGUAUUGAGUACUGAACAAUCUCAAACUUUUAAAUAACUAAAACCCAAGAUACACCAUAUAUACAAAAGUAUGUGGACAGCUCUUCAAAUUAGUAGAUUCGGCUACUUCAGCCACACCCGUU